GCGCCUUUCUCCAGUUGUGCACUCCCGUGGUGGUGGUGGGGUGAGAAAGAGGAGCAGGCAAGCCGUCCGCUCUCCCUCCCUUCCUCCCCACCCGGGGAAGGGAACCCGAGGAAGCUUGGGGAGGCCGCUCAGCUCAGACCACUCAUUUCCCCCUCCCCCUCUUCCUACCCCGCCUCCCCUACCCCCCACGCGGGGAAGGCACUGGAGACCAGAGGGAGUCAGGAAUCCAGCCUCGCAGCAUUGCAGUCCCAAGAACGACGGCUGCUGCAGCUGGGGCUGUUGCUGCUGCUGCUGCUGCGGCGGGACUUUUCCUCCGGGAGGCGGAGCAGCUGGGACUACCGGUUGCACCGAGAGACUGCGGGGAAACCCUCCCUCCCCACCAGCGCAGCCCGCAGCCCCACGCGCACUCUUGUUCUCACUCCCGGACCCAGCCCGGGCCGGCCGCGGGCCGUGCAGCAGCCCCCGGGCCUGGGCUGGAGAGCUGACAGCUGCGGCAGCAUUCCGGGAGCAGUAGCGGCGGCCCCGGGCGUGCGGGCGGCGAGCGCGGGAGGGGGCCCAGGUGGCGGGCAGCCGUGCGGGGGCGCCCCAGGAUGCUGAGCUUCCUGCGCAGGACCUUUGGCCGGCGGUCGAUGCAGCGGUACGGGCGGGGAGCAGCAGGGCGCGCAGCCGGCAGGCUGGGGGACGAGCGGGACGGGGGAACCCGGGGGGCCACCUCGGCUCCCCUGCCCGCCGCCCCUGGGGGCAGCAUUUUCCCCCCCGGCGGCGGGCCCGUGCUCACCGGUGGAGCUGCCGUCCACAUCCCCGCGGCCGGAGCUGGUAAGGCUGCUCUCUACUGCCGGGUCUUCCUGCUCGAUGGGACCGAAGUGAGCGUGGACCUGCCGAAACAUGCCAAAGGCCAGGAUUUGUUUGAUCAGAUUGUAUAUCAUUUGGACCUUGUGGAAACAGACUACUUUGGCCUCCAGUUCCUAGAUUCUUCCCAGGUCACACACUGGCUGGACCAUUCAAAACCUAUUAAAAAGCAAAUGAAAAUUGGAUCUGCUUAUGUUUUGCACUUUCGAAUUAAAUACUAUUCUUCAGAACCGAACAACCUUCGAGAAGAGUUUACAAGGUACCUGUUUGUAUUACAACUCAGGCAUGACAUUCUUUCAGGAAAAUUGAAAUGCCCUUAUGAGACUGCUGUGGAACUAGCUGCCCUGUGUCUUCAAGCAGAACUUGGGGAGUGUGAACUUCCGGAACACACGCCUGAACUAGUGUCUGAGUUCCGAUUUAUUCCAAAUCAGACUGAGGCAAUGGAGUUUGAUAUCUUCCAAAAAUGGAAAGAGUGCAGGGGCAAGAGUCCUGCACAAGCUGAGCUUUCCUAUCUGAACAAAGCAAAGUGGUUGGAAAUGUAUGGAGUAGACAUGCACGUGGUUAAGGGAAGAGAUGGCUGUGAAUACGCUCUUGGUCUAACACCCACAGGGAUAUUAAUCUUUGAAGGAGCUAACAAAAUAGGGUUAUUCUUUUGGCCCAAAAUCACUAAAAUGGAUUUUAAAAAGAGCAAAUUGACCCUUGUUGUCGUAGAAGACGAUGAUCAGGGGCGAGAGCAAGAGCACACAUUUGUUUUCCGAUUAGAUAGCUCCAGGACCUGCAAGCACCUCUGGAAGUGUGCCGUCGAGCAUCAUGCCUUCUUCAGAUUGCGGACACCAGCAAAUAAUAAAUCAAACCGAUCGGACUUCAUCAGGCUAGGAUCUCGAUUUAGGUUCAGUGGGAGGACAGAGUAUCAAGCCACUCAUGGUGCCCGAUUACGAAGAACCAGUACUUUUGAGAGAAGACCUAGUAAACGGUACCCAUCCCGGAGGCAUUCAACUUUUAAAGCAAACAACCCAGUGAAAGCAGCCCAGCUAUGCUCCAAAAAUAAUCCAGAAGUUCACAAUUACCAGAUACAAUACCAUCCUAAUAUACAUCCAGGGCAACCACAAUGGCAUCCUCAUUCUCCAAACAUAAGUUAUCCUUUGCCCUCACCAGUGCUCAACAAUUCUAAUCUGCUGCUAUUCAACAUUGAAGAAAAUGGGGGAACCCCAUUUACCACCAAAGCUCCAGGAAGACAUCACCAUCAUCACCAUCAUCACCAACACCAGCACCAACACCAACACCAGCACCAACACCAACACCAACACCAACACCACUCCAAUUAUGGAAUACCAGUUCCUCUCGAGAGCAAAGAGAUGUCUACUGGGAUCCCAACCCCUAGUAAACUGAGUCCAGGACAUCCUAUUCUUUACAAUGAAACUGCUGCCCAUCUGAAGAAGAUGGAAAUGGAAACCUCCAAGGUGGCUUCCCCAUGGCCUGCUCUUCACAUUAACAUAAACAAGGUGGAAGAAAAGAAAGUUCCUGAAAAAAGUCUUCAGUUCCCACUUCUACCUUUGCCAGUUCCUGAUCAACUAAAAUGCAACAUUCUAAAAGCCCAGAUAGAAACGGCUUCCAAAGCAAGCGCUCAGGUUGUGAAGGAGGAGCCAGAUUUUGCUAAUGUCAAUAAGAAAUCCACUCUUCAGGACCCUAAUGUAAGAAGCCCUGUUCCUUCUAUAAAAGUAGAAGCUACACCAACAGCUACAGAAAAGCAAGAGAAGCAAGAAAUUAAGCCCCCACGAGUGAGAAAAUUAACAAGACAAUACAGUUUUAACCACAGUGAUGAAGAUGACCUUCCUCCAGCCCUGGUUGCUGCCAUAGCAACAACAGCAUCAGGACCACCAGCAUCUCCAGCAUCCCAGAAAAUCAGCACACCUCAGAAGUCAGAAGGGCAAAACCAGCUAUCACCCCGCGCAAAGAGUCCCUCUGACACAGGAGAUGUGUUUACCUUGGGACCAGGUGACCUUUUGAUGGAUUUCACAGAAGCCACACCAAUGGCAGAGUCCUCCAGUGCCAUAAAUCCUGCACACUCUCGUUGCUAUCCUCAAAUUUCUAUUCAAAUGAAAGAAGAGAAAAAUGAAGCUUGCAUGGGCCCUCCAAUCAAAACAAGGCUGAUAAAGACAUUCCCUGCUGAUACAUCUAAUCCAUUUCUUGAUCCUUUCACAACAGCACCACAGCUAAUUGCAGACUUUGGAGAAAGCAAAUUACAGUGUAAGGCUGGGCAGUCCUCCCCACUGACUCCAAAAGCCACUAUGAGGCCUUUGGCAGAAACAGUCUCAACAGUGCAAACAAUAUUUGCCCGAAAGCCCAUUUCUCUGCCAGACAGUGCUGAGACACUACGGCAGGAACUAGAGAGAGAAAAAAUGAUGAAAAGACUGUUGAUGACCGAACUCUGAGAUUCAUUCGCUCUUUGUCCAAUGGAGAAUGGAGUGGUGCCUUCUUGUCGAUCUACAUUCUUCAGCUUUUGUGUGCAUCCAGCAUAAUGCCCCAUUACAGUGUUGUGCGUUGAACUCUGCUGAAUUCUCCACCAUUGGCUGAAAUUAAUCUUUUCUUUGGCUUGUCUUUGAAAGAGUCUCUACUCCUGUGUUGCUGAGGACUACAUAUUGCAUUCAUUUUUUUCUUCUGAGAAUUUGGAUUUUCUACUGCAAAAUACAGCUGUGACUAGAUUUGGUAAGUCUAGGGAAAGGAAGUUGAAAAAGAGGGAAAAUUACUGAUUUCUUUUCAGAAAUCCUUCUGUACAUAUGUGAAUAGCUGCCCAAAGUAAUGUUGUGCAGAAUCCUUUGAUAUCGACAUAGAGAAAUCUGAUUUUGUAUAACUGAAAAUUUGCCCAGAGCUACUGCCGUUUGUUAAAGAAUCAUUUUUAAUGAGAAAAACUAUUCCUACAUCUUGAGCCCUGGUUUUUUUUUUCAUUUCUGCACACACAAAAUAAAUGGACCUUGUAAAGUGCUUCACAUCAAUCAUUAUCUAGACAUGUAUACAUGAAAUAAAAAGAAGAUAUGUACACAUAGCAUGCCUGAAAACACUUCAUUUUCAAAGUUUAUCUCAUAUCUUAAGUGGAAACAAACCAAGAAGAAUAAAUUGUUUGGCAGAGAUAGACAUUUAGUCAUUGCACCCCAAAUGUAGAGUCACAUUUAAGAGACCCUAUAAUUUAAAGAUAACGCAUUAUUGGAAAAGAUUGCUUGAAUUUUCUAUAAAGGAAAAUUAUUUCUAAAACACUUUGUGUUGUGGCAGAAUCUUGGACCAAUGCAACUUUCUCUUAAGGACUAUUAUAGGAUUUAGAGAUCAUCUGAUGGUCCUCCUACCCUUAUUUUUUUCGAUUAAGUAACUGAGACCCAGAAAAGUUAAGUGACUUCAUGUCAGCAAGGUCACAUAGCUAAUAACCAGCAAGGCUGGGAUUUGAACCCCUGUCUUCUGUCUCUAAAUCUUUCCACUGAGCUACACUGCCCUUUAAUUUUAGGUACUGUAUGUUUAUGUCACAUAUAAUAUGCUCUCUCUUUUUUUUUUCCAAUUCUUAAAGCAAAAUGGUGCCAAUUUGAUACUAAUGAUACAUAUGCAGUCACACCUCAUUUAUCAGGAAGCUAUGGGAAAUGAAUCAAUACUGCAUUAGUGACUAUUCCAGAUAAAUGAAGCUUAAUUAACCCUUUAAGUGAGGAAAUGUUCAAAUUUUAAUACUUUUUUAUGGAAUUCUUUCUAAAGCGUAUUAAAUCCUUCUCUGCCUUAGGUAACAGAGAAAACUGAACAUAAUUCAAUCUUUUUUUAGUGACUUAAUGACUCCGGGUCAUCAUUAAAAACAUCAGUUAUCGUACUGUGAUGUACUAAAGUGAUGGAUGUCCUCAGGGACUUUUUGAUGUGUGCAAAGCUGAGUUUUGCCUUUCCCUGAAUUCCCAAAGACUUCUAUGCUCUUCAAAUGGAUUGUUCAGCUGUCUCUUGACUCAUUAAUUUCAUUAAGGAAUGUUGAGAUGCUGAGAGUUUUUUGCCUAUUCCUGAACAGGAAUACCAUGCUAUGCUGCUCCAGACAGCUGUAGGUGCUAUAUAGUAUGUGAUAUACAAAAUGUGCUCUUUUAUAAUGUGGGGAGGCGUGUCUCUGUUGGGCACUAGCUGUAAGUAUAACUUUGGCUUCGUGGUUGCCUCAGUUCUCCAUCCUCAAUUAUUUCUACUGUUAAUGGGUCUGCUUCCGCUAUACCUUUCCCCGCUUCAGAUCAACUGUCCAAAGUUUCCGUUGCUCACCACUGGGCUCUGUCAUUAAAAUCUUCUAGGUAGAACUGAAGUGUGUCAGGGAAAAACAGAUAAACGAAUAUUGUGUGUAAACUUGCAAGAAUUAGAGUCUGAUGUGCUCUGUUCCUCAGAAAGGAGCAAGUGGAGUCAAGUGCCUGGGUUUUGUGACAGAUGUUUUCAUUGCACUCUGAGGUUUCUUUUCUUCGUCUAUUUCCCACUUAUUUCUGGGUUAAAAGCUAUUCCAAAAGGGUGUGUUUGCUAGAAGUCUGACCACCAGAUAAGUGGGGUGCUGCUGUAUAUCUAACCAGUCUAGAAGACUGUCAAUAGACAGUGAAAGUAUUGGGAUUCCAUCUGCCACAGAGGUAGCUCUGGUUAUGUAAAUAUAUCUGAUUUUUAGCACUUUUUUGGAUUUUCCCAUUGCAAUUGAAGAAACAAGAUUAUUUAUCUCUACGAUAUUUAGUAACGAGUACUAAAUGAACAUUUUUGGGGAAUUUUUUCAUUGUUGUUGUUUACUCUAGUAACUUCUUAAUUUCAUGGAAUCACAGGAUCUCAGAGUUGGAAGGGAACUCAGAGAUCAUCUUGUACCAACUUGUAACUGAACAGGAAUUUCUUCUACAACCUCAUUGACAAGUGGUCAUCUAGACUCUGCUUGAAGAAUUCCAAUAAUGAGGAAUUCACUGCUCACAAAACAGCUCAUUCUACUUUUGGACAACUCUGGUUACUCUGGUUAGGAAAUUGUUCUUUAUAACGAGUUGAACAAGUUUAAUCCUUCUUCCAUCUGACACAUCAGUUUUUGAGACACUUUAAUGACAGCUAUCCUGACCCCAACAAGUCUUCUCUUCAGCUUAAUUAUACUCAGUUUCUUCAACUGAUUUUCAUGUGGCAUGAUUUCCAGUCCACUCAGCAUCAAUAUAAUUGAAAACAAAGCACUGAAAAAAAAAGUUAAGCCUAGGCACCAUUGCAAAGAAGAAAUGCUUGCUAUUGAAUAAAAAAUUGCACAACAUGAACUUUAUAUUAAAAAAAAAAAACCUUGGCCAGCUUUCUGGUCAACCUGUCCUAAAACAUUCAAUGUUACCUUCACUGCUUGAUCAGAUUAAUCCCAGCAUUCCCUGUUCCCAUAAUGACAUAGCAUGUUUUAUAUGUCAUUUUGGUACCUACUUUGCUUCAUCUCUGAGACUUUAAAAAAUUACAAUUUUUCUUAAGAAAUUGAAAAAAUGAACACUGCCAGUUCAAAACUGUUCUCAACAAUAUAAUCAAGCAAGGUCUGACCACACCUGAUGAAAAUAGCCAUCAUCAAAGUGGCAACCUUGAUAUGUGAGAGUCUGUGAUAUAACAUUAUUUUAAAGAACGAGUUUUGGGAUUUCCAGUCAAGAUUAUAAAGCUUCUCAUAUACCCUACCCAAAAAAGUAAAACAGAAAUCCAAACAGGAAGAAAAAUGACUUUAAAAUAACCUAAGAAAAUAAAAAUCAACCAAAACUUACAAUGAACGAAGUAAACAGAAGUGCCAAAAGAAUAAAAAUGAUAUUUGAUGAAGAAAGAAUGCAAAUGGAAAAAGAAACCAUCCACACAUGGUAGUGAGAGGUAGGUAUCAAAUGGAGAAAUGAUGUAUUUCAAGAAAUUAAGGAAGAAUUAACACUGAUAAGAAUAUCACAAAGCCAAAUCAAAGAAGAAUUGAAGAAAGUAAGAUCAGAUAAACUUAAGCUAAAAUUAAAACCUGCUUUAAAAAUAAAAGGUAGAGAAUAAGUUUUUUAAAUGACAAAUAUGGAGAUUUGUGUUCAUUAGUUUUCUCUUAAUGGUACAGAUUACAAACCUUUUUCUGUUCAGUUCUAAUCUAUGUUCUCCCAUAAUUCCUCCACAGAGAAUCCAUCCAAUGUGCUAAUGACCUGUAUAGGACUUAUUCUGUUUCAUAGAUAUCAGCGCAGCAUCAAAUCUGUCCAUCUCUCCAUCCCUGAUACUUGCUAUAUGGCUAUGCUGCAUCAUAGCAUAGAAACAUAAUGCAAACUAAUUGUAUGCACCAUCCAUCCUUCCAUAGUCUUUUGAGUUACAUGCAACUUUGAUUCCUUUGAGACUGUAGUAUUCCAAAAGUCACAACAUCAUAAUAUCACUGGGGAAUAUUUGUGUUUUUAAAAAAUGGGGUUUUGUGUUUGGAAGUAGCUUAGCAUCAUGAAAAAUACUUUCUUCUCCCAACAGUCUAGAUCCAACUCAUUGUCUAUCCAUAGUGCCUAUUUCAGAUAUACAUACUAGUGGGCUAAAUUCAAUGGACUGGUCAUCUAACUGCAUGUCAUAAUUUGGACAAAUGUAAUUUUUCUUCCAAUAGUCUUUAUGGAUUUUUAUGCUUUAUUUUAAAUGAUUGUUGAUCUAAGCAAGAAGGUGCUAUAAUGUUCUUGGGAUUGAUGAAACCACAAAGAUUCUAUGACUCUUUACAUAUUAACAUGAAAUGAGACAUAAAGCAAAAAGAAAUAUACUAAAGCUGUUCAUAAUUAUAUUGAAGGACAUCCAUAGUCUAAAUGGAAAGGGAAUUCUUAUAGUUUGGAAACAUCCUUUAGGUGCUACUAUUUAUAGAUGAUAUUGUGCCACAUGUAAUAAACGAUCUUGAGAAAUUUCUAGAAAACAUUCAAGAACAGACUUUACUACAGUGGAAAAUAAAAUUGUAUGCAGUAAAGAGAAACUGAAAACAGAUACUGAAUUAUCCAAAUUAUUAAGAAAAUAAUAUGAAAAUAAACUUGGAGGAUAUUGCACAGCAAUCUUGCGAUCAAUGAUAUUCAAGAACUUUUUUUUUAAUCUGAACAUCAUAUUUUAGUAAGUUAGAGAUCUCAUGGACAUGAAAUAGUGUCUAAUUCAACAUUCCCAGGGUAUAAAUAAAAGAGCUGAGGCCCAGAGAGGCUAAGUAGCUUACCCAAGGUCACACAGGUAGUAAUUAGCAAAGCAAGUUUUAAAACUCAGUUUCUCUGAUUCCAAUUGCCAAUAUUCACACACAUAUACACACACACGCACACACACAUGCAUACACACACACCUUACUGUACUAUCUGAUCAAAGAAAAUUUUCCACAACUGUCAAAAAUCAGAUGGAAGAAUACAAAUUUCAAGGAUCUAUAGAACCCCAAUUUGGAAGAAUACAAUAUUUAAUAUACCUAGACACAUUAUAGCUAAACUCCAAUGGUAUGGUUUUGGAGGAAGGAAGAGUUGAAGGGGAAUUCCAAGCUUCCAGAGAAAGUGCAGAAAUCUCUUACCAAAGAACAAUAACCAAUAUCAGAACAGAAUUUUCAAGAGUGACAAGAAAGUAUUAGAAAAUUCAAAUAAGAUACACAACAAAAAUAAAGAUGUCUAUGAAUUAUAGAAUAUUUAGAGAAUUAUGACCUCAACAAAAUUCAAAAUGCUUUGUGAAGGCCAGAGAUGAGUAUAUGGGGGGAAAGAGAGAAUUUUGAAAGAAUAAGGAAGUCUUCAAAUAACAUACAAGCCUAGAAACUAAAAUAAUAAAUAAUUAAAAGAAGUACUGCUUCUCAAAUCAAGAUCAAUCAAUUGCUAAUCAAAUGCAAGAACCCUCAAAACAUCAUAUUGACUGACUUCCUAAAUGUUGACCAAUUCAGGAAAAUAGAAAAAAGGAAAUAACUUCAAGGGGAAACAAGGAAGAAGACAGGGUAAUACCAAAGCAAGGUAUCACUGAUAAAAUGGAAGUCCAAGUUAAAGAAAAGUAUACAAUCAUUAAGAUAGGACAAAAACUUUCAUUUUGAGUAGAGUUGUUAAAUUUUGAGUUAAUAGACAAAAUAUGAAUGAGAACAUAUAUUCUCUUUGAAUUAAUGAAAAAGAUAAAACCUGACAAUUACACCAUAACACUUAAUGUAAAUGAACAAAAUCCUUCCAUAAGAAAAGAGGAAGUCCUUGAAUGGUUAAAAAAAAAUUCAAAUGAAAACACAUUUAAUCCAGAAAUAUUUAGGUGAUUCAAAAUAAAAGAAAAAAUGUGGUUCCAAAUUUGCCAUGUACCACUAGAUAAUGAAAAACGGGAGGAGACAUGGUUGAAUUUGGAUCAAAAGGCAUUAAAGAAGAAGAACAACAUUGUAUAAUGCUAAAAAGUUCCAUUUUAAAAUGAAAAUAUUUACAUUUUAUAUAUGUAUAUACCUAAUCAUUCUGUAGUAAAAUUGGAAAAGCAAAAUGUUACAGUCUUACAAGAAUGAGAUUAUGUCAGUAAUGGUGGGAAAUUUUUACUACACCUCCCCAUGGGACAUUUUAAUGCAUCAUGAACAGGCCUAUAAACAUUUUGGAAUUGUAAUAUGGAAACGUGUAAUGAGUCAUAAGCUAUUUCAAUCUGACUAUUCUGUUUCUAGGAUUUUAUCCUAAAAAAAUAUCAUUAAAAGGGGCAGCGGGGGGGGGGGGGCAGAGAAGGACCAACAUGUAUAAAAAUAUUUCUAGCUGCCCCAUUGUUAAUGACAGUGAAUUGGAAACAAGCUAUGUGUGUAGUGAUUGGAAAAGGACAGAAUUUCUUAUGGGGUAUGGCUAUAAUGGAAUCACAGGUUGCCAUUAAAAACUGAAUAUGAGACGUGGAAAAAUACCAACUAGUGGGAGGUGCUCAGCAGAGCCCUUGGACAACUUAAUUAAAAAGAAAGAUCACAACAUCAACAGUAGUGAAACGUCAGAUGAACGUGGAAAGGAACACAGAGCACAAGUAUUUCUGUUUUCUUGUUUGUUGAUUUCUUUGUAUCUCUGUUGUUAAAAUGCUGUGGGUUUUAUGUAAAGUUUUACUUCCUUUGUGUGUUUAUUUGAUUAUUUGUUUGUGUUGAUGGUUAUUAAGUUUUUAAUUAAAAAAAGAACUCACUUUGAAGAGAAAAAAAAGAAACUGUAUUUUCAGAAACUGAAAGAUUAAAAAUAUGAGUCACUAACA